CUUUGGGUUUUCAACAAUGUCCUCCCUGUCCUUCAUUGUCCAUUCUGUUCCAGGAUAAACAAAAAGCUUCCAUUUUUUGCUAUUCCAGCAUUGAACAAGUUUUCUUUCUCUUACAGCUUGUUCCUUUUCUUUCUUUAGAUAGCUUUUGUGUUCUUUCCUGGGAAUUUUGCUCUGGGUUUUCAUUCUUUUCCCUCAGGCAUUUGAAACUUCAGUUUCUCUCUACCGCCCAUUUUCUCAUUUGUCUUCCAUCAUUAGAUAUUUGUAACCAAGUUUUAAAUUUUUCCCCUGCGGAUCAUUCUCCAAUUUCUCAGAUUUUGAUUGGUACUAAUUUGGAUUGGGGGUGUUUCACAUAGAAAAAAAAAUUCACAAAUUUGAUUUUCAGGAAAGGGUUUUCAAUGCUUGGUGAGACUGAGAAUGGUUGAUUAACAAUCUUGUGAGGUUGGGAUUUGAAAAAGAAUGGUGAAGCCGGGAAUCCCAGGAUUUAUUCAGGGUUUCCCUGUUGUUUAAUGCAUGGUGGUCUUUUGCACGUUUUUGUAGCAUAGCUCUUUCCAAAAACAAAGGGAUUGUUGAGGAGAGAUUAUGGGCUGCAUUUGCUCAAAAGGAGCCUCAGAAGAGAAUAUUGACGAGAUAAAUGACAACGAGAAAGACUUCAACAGCAACAGCAACAAGGCAUCAAUGCAACUGUUUGCUCCUGCACCCUCAAAGAAAGAAGAGCUUUCAGUUGGUAGAGGUGGCAAUGAUGGCUCCGUAAGGCGCCUUGCAUCGAAAACGUUUAUUGUCGAACGGCCCCAGAAUGGUCAUCAAAGAUUGUCGUCGGUGGAUAUGGGGGCAGGGGUGUUCCCGCAGAUGGUUCGUAUAGUUAGCACCCCUCGUGGGGCUGAAGGGGAGCUAGUUGCUGCCGGAUGGCCAUCAUGGUUAGCUUCAGUUGCAGGAGAAGCUGUUAAAGGAUGGCUGCCUCGGCGGGUGGAAUCGUUUGAGAAGUUAGAUAAAGUUGGACAAGGAACUUAUAGCAGUGUAUAUAAGGCCCAUGACCUUGAAACUGGAAAAUUUGUUGCCAUGAAGAAGGUUCGGUUUGUUAAUAUGGAUGCAGAAAGUGUCCGUUUUAUGGCUAGGGAAAUCAUUAUUUUACGGAAGCUUGACCAUCCAAAUGUUAUGAAGCUUGAGGGUCUAGUCACUUCAAGGAUGUCCGGCAGCUUGUACCUUGUUUUUGAAUACAUGGAACAUGACCUUGCUGGGCUUGCAGCAACUCCUGGCAUCAAGUUUACUGAACCACAGAUUAAAUGUUACAUGCAACAACUGCUUCGUGGCCUUGAACACUGCCAUAGCCGUGGUGUCCUGCACAGAGACAUCAAGGGUUCAAAUCUUCUGAUUGACAACAGUGGAGUUCUCAAAAUUGCAGAUUUUGGUCUGGCGACCUUUUUUCAGCCUGAUCAAAAGCAGCCACUAACAAGUCGUGUUGUAACUCUAUGGUACAGGGCGCCUGAGCUUUUGUUUGGGGCCACUGAAUAUGGAGUUGCUAUAGAUUUGUGGAGUGCUGGAUGCAUCCUUGCAGAAUUGUUUGCUGGGAAGCCUAUUAUGCCUGGAAGAACAGAGGUGGAGCAAAUGCAUAAGAUUUUUAAGCUCUGUGGUUCGCCCUCUGAGGAGUACUGGCAGAAAAUAAAACUGCCACAGGCGACUAGUUUCAAACCUCAACAACCUUACAAGCGCUGUGUUGCUGACACUUUCAGAAACUUCCCUUGUUUGGCUUUGUCUCUUGUUGAUAAACUCCUUGCUAUGGAACCACAGGAUCGAGGAUCCGCUGCUUCAGCCCUUAGAAGUGAGUUCUUCGGAACAGAGCCUUUCCCUUGUGAUCCAUCAAAUUUGCCAAAAUAUCCUCCAAGCAAGGAGCUAGAUGCCAGACGUCGUGAAGAAGAAGCAAGAAGGAAAAGAGCAGAGGCUGUAAAGGGGCGUGGACCUGAAUCUGUUAGAAGAGGUUCAAGAGAAUUUAAGGGAGAGCCUACACCAGAAUUCAUUGCUCAGGGACAGUCAAGAACAAGCACCAGUCCUAUAUACAACCAUGUUGAGGAUGGUGCCGCUGGCUUCCGAAUUGAUUCACACAAGGUCACUUCGCAGAAUGGUUUAUCUCACUCUUCUUCAAUGGUCCACCCUAGUGCAGUACGAUCAUUGAAUAAGGCAGGUUCUACACAGACUAGUGGCGAGUUGAGGACACGGAAUUCACUAAGGCCUCAGGCAGAUAAAACUUCUCAUACGAAAGAUGAUAGUGCGUCGAACAAAGAAACUGGAUUGGGUCAUGUUGCAAGGAAAAAAAGGAUCCACUGCUCUGGGCCAUUGAUGCCUCCUGGGGGAAACAUUGAAGAUAUACUUAAAGAGCAUGAGAGACAAGUCCAGCAGGCUGUACGUAAAGCACGUCUUGAGAAGUCAGGAACCGAUAAAAAUUGCGAUGUAUAUACUAGGCUGCAUCAUAAUGGAAUAUAUGGACGAUGAUCACUAAAGAUGUUUUGCUCCUGCUUCCUUGUGAGACAAGUGAGAAACUUGCUCCAAGCAAGCUUUCCGACUGUUCUCACUGCAAAAUGCAAAGUUGCACCUCUCCUAAUCUUAGUUGUUUAUGGCCACAACAGACUGAGAUUGAGAUGGUAUACUGAAUUGGGGUCGUGAGCACUUUGUAUUUUGUGAGAUUCUUUGAAAGUUGGAGCAAAAUUUUCGGCAUGUAACCUGGCAAGAGUUUGCUUUGUAUAGUUGGAUGGGGUUUUCGAUUGGAAGCUAAUCUUCCUUCGGUGUACAUUGUUCUUCCCAAGAUUCACUGUAUCUAAAGAUAUCAUACUUUUUUGGCUUC